AUGCGGGGAGUCGGGCUGAGAGAGGAAUUGCAGCCUCCUCACAGCGUCGUUGUGAAUAUAGGCCGGAAACCUCAUCUCCUUUCCCAUCAAAGAACCCACACAGGGGAGAAAACAUUUAAAUGCCUGGAGUGUGGAAAAGGCUUGUCAGGUAAACAUAGUCUCCUUUCCCAUCAAAGACUCCACACUGGUGAGAAACCGUUUAAAUGCAUGGAAUGUGGAAAGGGCUUCUCAUCUAAGUCAGAUCGUCUUAAGCAUCAAGUAAUCCACACAGGGGAGAGACCCUUUAAAUGCCUGGAGUGCGGAAAGAGUUUCUCCCGCAAUAAUGCCCUUCACGUACACCAACGAAUCCACACAGGGGAGAAACCCUUUAAGUGCCUCGAGUGUGGAAGAGGCUUUUCAGUGAAAUCUCAUCUCCUUUCCCAUCAGAGAACCCACACAGGGGAGAAACCCUUUAAAUGCCUGGAGUGUGGAAAAGGCUUUUCAGAGAAAUCUCAUCUCCUUUCCCAUCAAAGAAUCCACACAGGGGAGAAACCCUUUAAAUGCCUGGAGUGUGGAAGAGGCUUUUCACAGAAAUCUCAUCUCCUUUCCCAUCAAAGGACCCACACAGGAGAGAAACCCUUUAAAUGCCUGGAGUGUGGAAGAGGCUUUUCACAGAAAUCUCAUCUCCUUUCCCAUCAAAGAACCCACACAGGAGAGAAAUCCUUUAAAUGCCUGGAGUGUGGAAAGAGCUUCAAUCAAAGAGAAUACCUUUUUUCUCAUCUUCCAACUCAUGGAAAGACCUCUUUGGAAGAGGAGGAGUCCGAUUCCGCAGACGAGCCACUUCCUACAGUAGUGCUGGAGCAACCCGAGGGAUCUGUUGUCAGCAAAGCCUUACCUUGGGUUCCCAGCAAACCAUCCAACCCCUUGCUGUGUCCAGCCGUUACUCCAGACUCUCUUUCCACCACCAAUGGCUCUGGACAGCAGCAAUGGCAGUGUAUCAGGUGGGACACUGAGAGCCACGAUGGGGAAGCCCUCCUGAUUCCCCGAAUACCCUUUCGCCCACAGCAUACGCAUGAGUAAAGGCCCACUCGAGGAAGGGGUCUCUCAGGAGGAAAACUCAGAUGCAACUUCUCAGGACAGGAUCAGGUUUGGGGAUGGGGGUGGAGCUAGCUCGGAUAGACUCUGGACUCUGAAUUCUUGCUCCUCCUGACCAUUGGGAAACAUAUGAUUAAAAUGUACUCUAAGUUGAAGAUACAUUGAAAUUCACAUGAAGCUUGAGUCCAUUUCUUUGUCUCUCUCCUGGGAAGAUUUGAAUCACAGGUGUGGACUGUGAGACCCGCAAAGAGUCUGUUUGUAUAAUCUGAAACUGCUGGAUUUAUUCCAGGGUAACCUUGCAGCUUGGCUGCUCACUUGAAAAGCUUAAAAGCAGUUUCAAGAGGUGGGGGUGGGGGGAUGGUGUCUGUUGUGAGCUGUUCAAGACCUGGAAUGAAGUCAAAAAGCUCUAAUAUGUAGAUAAUUAACAGAUGAGACUUUCCCUAUCCUGCCACGCAGUUGGAAAGCCGAAAAGUGUUCGAAAGGGAAAAUGCAGAAAUAUUGGGACAGUGCCUUCCGGAAUGUGUAUUAAAGUUAUUUAACGUCUCAGGAUUAGUUUUUUGUGUUAUCUUGCUGUUAUGGAAAGAAAGGGAAAGAAAAAAAAGAGGAAGUGACGUAUUGAGAAUAUAUAGACUGUAUUUUUGCUAAUAGUAAUACUUGAAUAAUAACUCAAAUUAUAUUAAGCGAUCUGAGGAUUGAAAGUUAUAGUGCAAUUGUGGUCUGUAAGAACAAUAAUUGUGGACUGUAAAUGACGAAUUUACGAUUUUCUCUGGCAACUGAUGUCAAAAAGUAACGAGUGCAGAAAUCAUCUGGCAAAGAGCUAAAGAGAAAGAAGGCCUUUCUCAUUUGCAUCUGAAAAGAGUAGAGAAAAGAUGCGAAAUGGAUGGGAAGAAAGGAUCUUCACGGGAAAGCUCAACGACCUUACCAAUAUCUCUGUCAUCAACACAACCAGGCAAGCUUGAUAUACUUGCACAGGAAUUCAGAGAAGGAAAGACAGAUUUGAAAGAUAUGGAAGAUGAUACGAAGAAAUUAAAUAUCAAAAUACAUAAUAUGGGUGGAAGAAUGAAAGAUUGAACUAAACAAACUCAAGAGAAUAAGCAAGCAAUUAGGGAAGUGAUAGCUCAGAUGGGAGAACAAGCUAAAGAGUUUAAAAAUCAGAUUUUCAAGAUCUGUUCAAUGGGCUGCAUGCAUUAAACAGCAAACCACAUCUACCCGCGUACCA